UCCUCAGAAUCUGCUCCUGGAUCUCUAUCUUUCGCUCAUUAUCGCCCCAAAAGGAUCUCAAGUAUGCGCAACAAUCCCACAAUCUUCCAAUCCUUCGAAUGGAACAUCGCAGCCGAUAACAAUCACUACACACGUCUCCACCACAUGCUCCCUGAACUCCACAAACUAGGCAUAACAGCACUCUGGCUUCCUCCCGCUUGCAAAGCCGGGAACUCGUCUGGAAACGGCUACGACGUCUACGAUCUCUACGACCUCGGCGAGUUCGAGCAACGAGGCUCCCGCUCCACAAAAUGGGGCCCAAAAGAAUCCCUCCUCCUCCUCGCCGACCAAGCGAAAAACUUGACCGUGGAUUUGUAUUUCGACGCCGUGCUGAACCACCGCUGCGGCGGCGACGCGAAAGAAGUCAUCACCGCCGUCGAAGUCGACACCGAUAACCGCCUCAAAACCAUCUGCGCACCAAAGCAAGUGGAAGCGUGGCUGAAAUUCGAGUUUCCUGGCCGCCAAGGCAAGUACAGUUCCUUACGCUAUGAUUGGCGCAUGUUCAAUGCGAGUGACUGGGAUGAUCGUGGUCAAAAACACGGCAUUUACAAACUCGUCGAUGACGGGAAAUCGUGGGCGCAGGAUGUUUCCGCGGAAUGGGGGAAUGGCGAUUAUCUCAUGUUCAACAAUCUAGACUACGCCCAGAAUGCGGAAUUGAGGGAGGAUGUGAAGGAGUGGGGAGUCUGGGUGACGAGGGAGUUGCGUCUCGCGGGGUUUAGGUUGGACGCUGUGCAGCACGUUUCGCAGCGGUAUAUCACAGAGUGGAUUCAGCAUGUGCGGAGACGAGUUGGCGAUGCGGUGUUUGUGGUUGGGGAGUAUUGGAGUGGGGAGGUGGAUAAUCUGGUUCGUUUCCUCGAGGGCUCGCCGGAAGAUUUGUAUUUGUACGACGCGCCAUUGCUCUAUAAUUUCGGGAGGUUGUCGUAUGAACGAUUUCCAGAUCUCCGCACAGUCUUCAAUCAAACAUUGGUAGAUUGCAGACCAAACAACGCGGUGACGCUAGUCAUGAACCACGACACGCAGAAAGGACAGGUCAUGGACACACCCAUCCACCCAAGCUUCACAUCUCUAGCAUACGCACUAAUACUUCUCCGUGAAGCCGGCUACCCAUGCGUCUUCUACGGCGACAUGUACGGUACCUCUGAGCCCUUCAUCUCACAUCCAACGUGCAACGGCAAGCUCGCUGAUCUGAUCCUCGCACGGAAACUCUACGCCUACGGAGAGCAGCACGACUACUUCGACGACGCGGAUUGUGUAGGUUGGGUUCGUCGCGGUGCAUCUGGCUCACACACAGACGAGCACGCUUCAGCUGGUAUGGCGGUGGUCAUGAACUGGGUGGGAGACCAGAAGAAGACAGAUCCCGCCGGACCCGAAUUCUCGUCGCAGAAGCCUCGCUGGAUGAGAAGAUUGUCUGGCUUCACUGGAAAGUUGGGGAUUGCGACUAAACACUCGCCAUCCCGUCCAGCCGUGAGGCCUGUCACGUGCCAGAGGAAGAUGAAUGUUGGAGUGCAACAUGCGGGAGAGACAUGGACGGAUGUAUUGGAUGCAUGUCACCAUGAAGUCGUGAUUGAGAAUGAUGGCAGUGCUGUCUUUCCUUGUGAGGUGAAUAGUGUAGCAGUAUAUGUUUCUGCGAAUGCUGCCGGGAGGGAGAGAUUCCCUGUAGGUUUUGAUGCGAGUUUAUGUUGA